AUGGUGCUGCACGGCUACCACAACGUCACCGCCAUCGACAACGACGCCAAACUGCUGCCGUGUGUGGAGGCAUCGCUUGCGCCAUUCUUGCACGUUGAAUGUAUGGACGCGAUGCAGCUACAAAUCGCACCAGCAUCGAUCGACGCUGUCGUCGCUAAAGCCUUUUUCGAACUGCUCGCUGUAUCGACGCAGUGCGCCGUGCUCACGCAAGUCCUCGCCUGUCUUCGCCCGGGCGGUACAUUGUUUGUCGUCGCUCUCAACAACGGCAAGGCGUGGUGGACACAACCUGACGUCGCACGUCUCCUCGCCCGCACCGCGGUUUGCAUCGACGACCAGCCCGUCGGUCCCAUCGUCGGCUCGCGCAUUGACCGUUCGCACGCCUGUCGGGCGCGGGUCUGGCGCACGCGUGCGUCCGUCAUCGACGCAAAUCAUCGCGCGAAUUGUGAUGCGAUCCGCACACUGGCCGCGCGCUACGAGUGGCGGCUGCGGGCCUUUGAACGGCAGCUUCAGACCGAAGAGGCCGUCCACGGCGAUGUGCUCUGUCUCGAGCUCCCGCAGAUGAUGAACGAAGAUUUUCGGAGCUUGCUGCUUCGGCAGGAGGCGAGAAGCCGGACCAACGACAAGGACAUUGCACGCGCCCAAGUGCUAAAGGAACCGUCCGUGGAUGAGCAGGCGGCCCCGUGUGCGAACCUUGCGUCGCCGGCUACGGCAACCAUCAUUCCAGAGCCGCCAAUCUCGGCUCGGACCGAGUCCAGAAACGAAAGCCUCCACCACAGUGGUUCAGACUUGCGGGCAUAUCCCGACGUCGUCGUAUCGCCCCACGAGUUUUCAGAUCUGGGGGACGAGGCCUUUGCCACCGAGGCGACUGACGGUGAUGCUGCGUGUCCACCUCUUGAAAGCGAGUCGUAUGGCGCGUCAGAGACGAGACAUGGCGUCGCGGUCGCACUUGUGACGCAUGUCCUCGCUGAUGCCGCCGCACUGGCGUCCAGCCCCGUCAAGAAGCGAACGCGACCCGGUGUCGCCGCGACCGAAACGCGGCUUGAAAGUCAUGACCACCCUCAACCAAGGGGUAUUGAUCCAGUGCACGGCGUUGCCGUCGCCCUCGUAAACCACGUCAUUGCCGAUGUGGCCGCGCACGUUCCAAGCCCGAGAAAAGCAGUGCUGCUUCAGAGUCAACGAUCGACCGCCACCGAUACCGUGCUUGAAGGCCAACAGAAUAAGGUCAUCGCAUCACCCGGCGCAAACUUGAGCACAGCAGCCAUCAAACACGGUGUUGCAGUGGCGCUCGUGACGCAGCUCAUCACGGAUGCGACGGAGCGCGCUUCGAGCCCCAAGAAACCAACGCCCGAGGCAACGAUCGAGUCCUCGCUACAAGAGCAAGGAGUCGCCAUCAACAACACCAGUCCAGACGACGACGCAGAGAUGUCAAGGGUCCAAGCACAAGCGACAGAUGCUGCAGUCAUCUCCGAGACAGAACACCUAUCGCCCGUCGCCGAUGAGAACGCACCGGCGCUAGGAAGCAUGGCGCAAGACACGUCCAAGUGCAUGGUCGAGUCUCCCAAAUCGUCUCCACAUGGUGCUGCAAUCGUCGACACCACCUUGACCAAGGAGCCGGAACGCCUUCCCUUCCAAGAGACGGAUGACAACCCAGACGUAGCAGAUGAAGUGCUCGAGGACGCUACUCGUGCGCAAGACAUUGAAGCGCCAGCGCUGGCGACAGAGGCUGCAGCAGUGCCCCAAGCGUUCGAGUCGGCGCAUGCGUUGCUGCCGUCAAGUCUCUUGCGUGCAAACUGUGAAGUCGAUCCAGCCGCCUGCACCAACGAUGACGCACCGCCUUCUCAGAGAAUGCGCGAUGCAGCCCCCUCGGUGCACCCGUCAUCUGCCGAUGGGUGUGCGCUCAACGAAGUCGGCGGAAUUCUCGCGAGACUCGUCGACGACGUAGAGAACGAGUGCAUUAAGGACGACUGCCGUCUCACGCUCGCAGCUCUCAUCGACGCACUGCUGUCUUGA